GUCAACCAAAUUAUUUCUUAAUAAUACCUCCCUAUUCAGUUUCUUAUUAGCAAAUAUUCAAAAAUUCAAAUAUCACUUUCAAUUACUCCAAAAAUUCUCUAUAUACAUGCCUUAUUAAUUCUUAUCUAUAUCUCUUGCAUAAUCAUUAACCCAAAAAAAAAAAACUUGUAAUUCUCAAAAUCUGUGUUAAUGUCAAAAUUCUGUAGCCACUCUUCAUGAUGAUGGAGAAAAUCUCCAAAUUGAAGAACAAGUUGUUCAAGUUUUUUCUUACACAACCUGUAGUAGCUUCAAUGGCACUUCAAAAUCCAACAAUGAGUCCCAACAAUAGUGUAUCCAAAAGGGGUUGUAGAUCACACCAUGGAUUCAAGGUUUCAAUAGUUCCAAAGGAAGUUAGAAGAAAGCAUAGGAGUGCAAGCUUUAGGUCAAAUAAUGAACCAUCAUCUCCUAAGGUAUCAUGCAUGGGAGAAGUUAAGUGCAAGAAGAAGAGAAUGGCCCUCAAACAGAAAAGUGUUGAAGAGACUAUUAUAACCAAAAGGAAUGAUGAUGUUCCAUGUGAAGAAAAGAAGGGCAAGGUUCUUCUUUGGAUCUUCAAGGGUCAAAAGCAAAGUGGUGGGAAUAAAGGGUUUGUGUUAGAAGAGAAGGCACAAGAAAAUUCACAGGUAAUAGCAGCACCAUCAUUGGGUGCCAUGAAGAAGUUUAAAGGUGGUAGAGGGUCACUGAGAGAUUUUGAUGUUACAAUUACUAAAAGGUGUUAAUAUAUAUAUAUGUGUGUGUGUCAACUUUAUUACAAUUAUCCUUGAAGUUAAAUGCUAUCAUGGGUUUUUAUGAUA